AUGCAAGCUGUAAUUAUCCUUAUAAUUGCUGUCAGUGCUUUUGCCGCACCAAAAUGUGCCCAAACUAAUGUGGCUAAUGUUGUGAGUGAUUUAAAUCCAAAGCAACCAGUGGGAACAAAUGCUCUUGCUAUAGAAAUGUAUAAAAAGGCAUUGUUAAGUGAAGAGGUUAAAAUCCCAGCAGAAAACAGAACUGAAGCUAUUAGAGAUAGACUAAACAGAAUUAAUAAUUCUACUUCAGUCAAUAAGACUCAAGAAGUUAAUGAACAAAUAGAGAAGAUUAAUGUUAGUAUUAAGACUAUUGAAGAAGAAACUGCUAAAGUUAAUGCAUCAAUUAUUGAAUCAUUUAAGAAAAUUAAUGAAACACAAAACACUGAAAAGAUGGAAUUAAAAGCUAAGAUGGAAGAGAUUGCAAAAGAAAGAGCCCUUAUUGAUUCAUUAAAUAAGAAGAAAGAAGAAUUAAGAAAGAAGAGUAUAGAAUAUUAUAGACUUAAAAUUACUGCAGAAAAGAUUGUAGAAGCACAAGCAGAACAAAUGAGAAAUAGAAGAAGAUUUAUUAGAGACUUAGAAGAAUCUAAAAAAAGAGUUGACGAAACAAAUGAAGCACUUGAAAAAGUAAAACAAGAAGAACAUAAAAAAAGAUUAGAAGCAAUUAAAAAAACAAAGGAAUAUUUAAAUAAUUUAAGAGGACAAGACGCUGCACAAGAAAUGAAAGAAAGAGAAGAGAAAUUAAGAAAAGAUAGAGUUGCUGAAGUAAUUAGAAGAAAGAUGUUAAUAUUACAAGAACAAAUUAAAACUGCUAAAAUCCAAAAUAAUGAAGAACAAAGAAUUCAAUUAGAAAAACAAUUACUUGAAUUAAAAAGAUAUAAAAAAGCAAAAAUUGCAUGUGCUAGAAAUGCUCUUAGAAAAUAUAAAUUAGAAAAUCAAAAGAAAGUAGAAGAUUUAAAACAAAAAGUACUUGAUACUAAAUUAAAGAAUACAUUGGAUAUUGAAAAGAAUGAUUAUUUAACUAAAAUUAAAGCAGAAUUAGCUGAUGAAAUUGAUGAACUUAAAAAACAAAAGACAGCUUUUGAAACUGAGAAAACCAUUGCAGAAAAGAAAAUUGCUAAUGAUAUGAAAAUUGAACAAGAAAAUUUAAAGGCUGCUCAAAGAGCCCAAAUUAGAAAGAACUUUGCUUAUAAAAAUAAUAGAAAAGAUCUUGCUAAAUUAAGAAGUGCUGUUUUAAAACAUGAAAAAGAACAGUUAGAAAGAGCUGCAACUAAACAAAUUUUAAAGAGUGUCAUUAAAUCUAAUAACAAAAAAACUGCUUUAGACAAAGCUGCUAAUUUGGAUAUUCUUAUGGUUAAAGCUGAAACCGCUAAUAAAAAGAAAAUCCUUCAAACUAUUUCUGAUGGAAUUAAAUCCACUCUUGAAACUGAAAAGAAAGCUCUUGAAGGACUUAAGAAUUUAGCUGUUAAAUCUAAAGAAGAAAGACAAGUACUUAAGACUCAAAUUGCUCGUGACAUUCUUGUAGAUGCUCAUAAUAGACACUUGGCUGAAUUGAAAGAAAGAAAACAUGAAAUUGAAGAACUUGUUAAAGAGAAAAUCGCUAAAAGAAAUAGAAAAGCUGCUUUGAAAUUAAAUAAAGCCCAAAGUAAAAUCGCUCUUGCUGGAUUACAAGGAAAAUUAGAUAAGAAAUAUAUCCUUAAGAGACAAGAGGUUGCAUUGAAAAAUGCUAAGGCUUUGUCUGAUGCCGUUAAAGGACUUGUUCCAAAGAAAGGAGAUAAGUUCUUAAAAUUAAAGAACUUCAAAGUAAAUUGUGGUUCAUUAGCUAAGAAAAUGUCAACCCCAUGCCAAAAAAAAUAA